UGUCAGAACCUGACGCUACAAAGCGAGCUGUCUCGGCACGAUAACGGUUUAGAUAUAAAACUGCCCCCAGCCAUCUAGGAAGAUAUCAUUCCUGAACACACCUUCAUUGGACACACGGACCUUGCCUUCUCCGCUCACACAAAAUGAAAACCAUCUUCUUCUUCUUCGCCCUCCUGGCACUAGCCAUGGGACAGUGCGUUCGCGACGACUCCAACGGACAGCCGGCCUGUAAUGCCGCCGAGGUGGCCCAACGCUUCUGGCGCAACAACUGGGACCCCACCGCCUACUGGGAGUGCGUUACGGCCGGAACUGCUGCCACGGCCCGCCGCUGCCCAACUGAGGGUAUGUUCGACUCGGCCACGCUGACCUGCAUCCGCUGGGAUCAGUGGGUCUGGACCGAGACCUGCAAGCCACCGAGCAUGCUGUAGAGAUUACAACGCAUUAAGGGUACAUAUACUGUAUUGCGGUGGAAGAUGGUUGAGUAAAGUUUAAGCUUCACAGUGAAUCGGAA